CAUCGCUUAUAUCCAAGCUACACCUCUCACUCCACCAGUCAGCAAGCGUGCCAUGGACGAACUGGAAGAGAGGGCUUCAUCUCCGGUUACCGAUAUCAGUUGGGCUCAUUGGGAUAGUAAUCUCUACCAAUUCGUCCUAUCCUCUGACCCUACUCUGGCCACACCAUUCACCAUCCUCUCAGACUCCACCGAUCAGAUGGUCGGGUUUCCUUUCACCGGUGGUACCUUGAACAUGUGUUUGUUUUCUUAUUCGGUAGCUUCUGGCUCUAUGGAUACUUCACCUUCAACGGCUGUAGUGUUUGACGGAUGCUAUCCAGCGGACUCCACCGUUGAUGACUCAUGGGGAAGUGGUGUUCAAGUGCCUAUAUGGAACACACCCAGUGCUUUCCCAGGACCAGCCAGUAUCAAUUAUCACAACGCCGAUCAUACCGAUUCCAAUCCCACUUUCUGGAUGUUCGAUAGCACUCAGGGUUCACAUCUCCUCGGAGCCGCCAUGGCGUAUACUGAUUUCGGUACACCUUACUCCGACAAGGAUUGGCAACCAAUGUCUCUACAGUGGGUGUUGGAAACAUGAGAGGACGUAGGGCGGGAAGGUACGGCGAGGAGAUUAUGAGGGUAUGGCGGGGAAUUAGAUGGACAUAAUCUUCGAACUGUGUAUAAAUGGGAAGUGAUGAUUGGACAAUGGACAAUGGACGAUGGACAUUGGGGCCUUUGGGCAUACAUGAUGGGAAACAUGAAUGAUCUUUCAGU